AUGGAACAAAAAAGGAAAAACACUUUUGCAUCUUAUUUUGUCAAAAAAAACAAUUCAUGUGAUAAAAUUGUAGUUGAUGAUCAUACCAAGAUUGACAGCUUAAACACACUUCAUUGCUUCAAUGAUAUUGGUUACUUUGUGAACCAAAUUUAUUUGUCUGAUGCUGAUAAAUAUUUAGCCUUUCGUGAACAUUCAGAAAUGAUCUACCAUACAUCCUCUACUCUGGAUGCAGAUCAUUUUUUAAAGGUGUACUCCAAACUUGAACCAACAAUAAUAAACCGAAUGGAUUCUAGUAGAGUAGAGCAAAUCAAAGAAAAUAGAAAACUUCUUAUUCCCAUAAUUGAAUGUAUUAUUUUAUGUGGCCGCCAGGAAAUUGCCUUACGAGGUCAUAGGGAUGCUGGCAAUAUUUUUACUUAUGACACAGCUAAUCAGGGAAACUUCAGGUCAAUUUUGUUGUAUAGAAGUAACGGUGAUGAACAUUUAACCAGCAUACUUCAAACACCUGGUCUUAAUAAAUAUAUUACACCACAAAUACAAAACGAAAUUAUUUCAUCUUGUGGAAAUAUAAUAUUACAAACCAUCUUAAAAAAAGUUAAUGACUCUCAGUGCUUCUCGGUUUUAGCUGAUGAAACCACAGAUAUAUCUGUGACUGAACAGCUUGCUCUGUGUGUUAGGUAUAUUGAUAAAGAAAACAAUGUUAAUGAAAGCUUUCUUAAGUUCAUUCAAGUGCAUAGCUUAUCUGGAAAAAACUUGGCAGAUUCUAUUUUGAAUGGUUUAAUAAGUUGUGGAAUAGAUUGUGAUUUUUUGUAUGGGCAGGGUUAUGACGGAGCAAGUAACAUGUCUGGUCAAUUUCAGGGUGUACAAGCACAUAUAAGAUCCAAAUACCCUAAAGCACUUUAUGUGCAUUGUGCAGCCCACUCUCUAAAUUUAGCAGUUUCAACUGCUAGUAAUAUUAAGCCAGUUAGAAACUGCUUAGGAAUUAUUGAAAAAUUAUAUGUAUUUUUCAAUACUCCGAAACGAAAUGCAGUACUUUUGUCAGCUAUUGAAAAUAGCAAUACUGAUCAAAAAGUUAAGACACUUAAAAGGUUAUGUGCAACGCGCUGGGUACAGAGGUAUGAUUCUGUUCAUGAUUUUAUUGAACUUUUUGAAUUUGUAGUAAACGCUUUAGAGUGUAUAACUGAAUGGAAUGAUUCUUCAGCUACAGAUGCAACAUUACUUUUAAAAUCAUUUGACUCAGAAUUCAUUAUUUCUGUUAAUAUUGUUCAGCUUAUGUUUUCAUUCGGAUUACCCUUAUGUAAACAAUUGCAAAAAAUAAAUAUUGAUUUAAAGGAAGCUAUCAAUUUAGCACAAGACACUGUUGAUGAAUUUAAGACAAUUAGAAAUAAUUGUGAUGAUGAAUUUAAUAACAUAUUUUCAAAAGCAAAGAAAAUGGCUGAUAAGGUAGAGGUAGAGUUAAAAUAUAAAAGAUUGGGGAAAAGACAAACCAAUCGAGCUAACCCAUUAACUGAUCAAACCAUAAGUGAUAGGUUAAAUGGGUUAAGUAUGUUGGCGGUCCAUAGAGACAUUAAAGUUAGUCCUGAAGAUGUAUUAGAUGAUAUUGCUAAAAGACCAAGAAAAUUGGAUCUAGUUUUGUAA